AUGGCCGCCGUCCCUCCACCUUACGAGUACACCCCUCGGGAUUCCAACCAGGUCGCACAAUCGUCCUCGUUCCCCACUCCUGGCCAAUCAAACCAGUUCGAAUUCAGCGAGUCCACGGCAGUGACGCUCGAAUGGCGCGUGAGCGGCUUGAAGGCGAUGUACGAUGGGACAAAGGGAGAGACCAAGUCCAAGUGCAUCAGGUCGGCGGUAUUUGGAGAUGUGGACAACCUAUGGGAGGUGCUGUUCUACCCGAACUCUGGAGCUGCUGGAGGGGAUAAUGCCUCGCUGUACCUUUCAUGCACCCCCACACCGCAGGAAGUCGAAGCCGGCACCCCCGACAAAUGGCAACGCAAAGGCAUCUGGUGGUUCCGCUUCGAAAUCCGCUCUGUGGUCCCUGACGAACGUACCGGCAAGAUCGCUGUCCUCGCUACCAAAGACGCCGCCGACCACACCUUCGCCAUCAAGACUGCCAACUGGGGAUGGCAGCUCUUUGGGUCUCGCCAGACCCUCUUCCGGCACCCGGCCGUGCUCGCCGCCGACGCGUUCGUCAUCGUCUGCACGGUCCAGGCGCAGGCGCAGCCCCCGGCGGGGUAUUGGUUGGGCAUGAGCAUGCCGCUGAAUGGCUGGGUGCCGGCUACGACGGUGGUCAAUGGGAAGGUGGUGGGCAGUGGAGGAGGUUUGAGUGCCUGGAGUGGGGGAGAAGGGUCGAGUGGGGGAGUUGCGGGUGGGACAGCGGCGGGUGGGGGACCCAAGCGGGUCGUGCCGAAGAGUCUGAUCAGUGGGGUGGGAGCGCUGCUCGAUGAUCCGCUCUACUCGGAUGUGGAAUUCAUCAUACCCAAUCCUCAGUGUCGGGGGCAGACAUCGAGUGGGAACGAACCGGACAAAGCCAGCGGCUCUCGACGGAUCUACGCAAACAAGAAACUGCUGGAGCGAUGUGACUAUUUCCGCGCCAUGUUCCGGGGAGGUUUCCGGGAGAACGAGGGCAGCAUCGAUGAGGAUGACUAUGAGGAUGACAUGGAUGGGCUAUCCGACUCGGACGGCGAGGAAGAAGCUGCGGAUCAGCAUCACGGCUCAGCACCCCGACGUAGCCUCUCACCUUUACCACCUAGACCGACGUCGUUUCAUUCCACUCGGAAGACAUCGGUAUCCGGCGAUCGGCCAGACCAAGAGGAUGACGAGCGGGAAGGGGACGAAGAGGAUAGAAUGGUCAUUGAAGAGGAUGCGCCCGAGGGAUCUGGAGGGACAGGCGGGGAUGAAGAGCGUACUGCAGGUACGGGGCAGACGCACGAGGCUGUCCCGGAGAGCGAGGCGUCGAGUCCCUCCGUGUCAGCGGCGGUUAGUACGGCGGGAGGGAGUAAGCGGGAAGUAGGGACGGAUAGGCCCAAGUUGACUCAGGAGGGAGUAGCCGCGGGGCCGAAGAAGACAAAGGUGGUUGUGAGGGAUGCUGCGUGGAGCACCUGGUGGGCGGUAUUGUUCUGGCUCUACACCGACAGCAUCUACUUUGCACCCCUCACAUCCACCUUUACGCACCCUUCCCCGCUCGCCACAGCCGCCGGUCCUUCUCGACCCGGAUCCAUCUCCUCCCUCCCCCAACCUCCCGCACACCGCUUCCGGUCCCGCUCCGAAUGGAUUCAACACUGGAUGAAGACGCAUGAUAUCGCCGCAUCGCCCUCGUCCACCUCUGGAGACCCGCUCGGACCCCGCCCAGUCUCCGCCAAGGCGGUCUACCGACUCGCGGACAAGCUGGACUUGCCAGCACUGAAGCUGCGGGCGUUCCAGCAUAUUAUUGGGGAUUUGACGAGUCAGAAUGUGCCGGCUGAGGUGUUUAGCCGGUUCAGCUCGACGUUCGAGGAUGUACGCAAGGUACAAGUCGCCUACUUCCUCAAGCACUGGACGGAGAUCAAGAAGAGCGAUACGAUGAUGCAGAUCUGGCAGCAGAUCAGACAUGGCAAGCACGUUGGCUUCGAGGAGGUAUGGCCCCUAAUCGUUGGGCAGCUCGACUUCAAGCCGUCAUAG